AUGGCCUGGCCCUGUAUCACCAGGGCCUGCUGCAUGGCCCGCUUCUGGAACCAGCUGGACAAGGCUGACAUUGCGGUGCCUUUGGUCUUCACCAAGUACACGGAUGUCUCCGAGAUGCAGCACGUUCAGCUACAGCCGCAGCUGCAGCACCCUCCCCCGCCGAGAGUCGCCAUAGAAACGCAGCCGUCUCGAGCGCAUCCCCGCACGGCACGCGCAGGUACCCAGCGCAGGUGCUUCUCUGAGGAGCGCGUGUGCAGCUCCGUGAUGCGCGAGGACUUUAAGCACUGGAAAGUGCGCCCGGAGCCGAGCUGUAAACCGAGGAACGAGUACCACGGACCGGAGACACCGUUCAACAGCGAAACACAGUACCAGAAGGACUUCAAGCCCUGGCCCAUACCCAAAAGGUACGACCACCCCUGGAUACCCAGACCAACCGCGACCAUCUCCAUUGGAGAUGACCGCGCGCCCCACAGGUCAAGGCUCGCGAAGCAUCAGGCGGCCAAGGACACCGGCGUAGAGAAAAGUGCUAUUGCAGACCAGGUGCAAGAGAAACACCUUCUGCAGAGCCAGGAGCGUAAAACGCGCUCAGCAAAGCAGGAGGGGCAGAAGAAAGUGGGGCUAAAGGCGGAAGGAGAGGGCAAAGGCCGAGCGGCGGAUGCAGUCAACAGGCAGAUCAAACAGGAGCUCACAACGGGCAGCUCGUACAGAACUGAAUUCAAGGCUUACAAAGAUGUCAAACCAGCAAAGAUGAUCCGGGCCAAGUCCCAGUACCUCCCUCCAGACGAGAAGACGAGCCUGGAGACGAGCUACAGCGCCACGUUCAAAGCCACACCCCUCCAGCCCGCUGACAACAAGGCCCAGGAGAGGAGGAGAAUACGCAGUUUGUACAGCGAGCCUUAUAUAGACCACACUAAACAGUUCGACAGGUAUAGCUCUCCUCGCUCCAAACCCAAAAAGUCUGGAGUCACAGCCGCCGCGGGCCAGAGCAAACCGGUGAAGAAGCCCAAAGAUAAACAGAGCGCUGCAGGGAGGGGCACCAAGAAGACUGCCUCAGAGAACAAGCCAGACCGGCCAGCAGGGGGCGACAAGGAGAAAAGUAAAGAGAUCAACAACAAACUGGCUGAGGCAAAAGAGGUUGUGCUAAAACAGUACCACUACAUACAACUCUGCCAGCCAAUCCGAGAUAUAGGCUGGGUGCAGACUCUUAAACAACACCUGUGGGGCUGUGCUCUUCCUGAUCCCAGAGAUGUUAAGGAAGAUGUUCUCGGAUCCGGUGAUCGUCAUUCCCCGAGUUCUGCUGGAGGAGAACCACACCAACCACUGCUGGACCGAUCGGAGCCUCGGAGGAGCAGUGUACGCUUCGCCCUAGAUGUCAAACAGACAGACUAG